AAUUUUUGUAUGUUUAAGGUGGCGACCAUGUCUAUGGUGGCGACACUGCCGCAACGAUAGCAAUAGCAUUGCAAACGGCGUCUUGUGAAGAUUGUGACAGACUACAGAGUGUGAACUGUGAGUCAUACAAUUAUCAACAAAUAUUAUCGCGCGUUUUCUUCUAGAGACGUGCCUCUAUCUUGCUUGCGUAAAAUUGUUUUCGAGCCCGUUGUCGACUACGCAUCAUCUGAACAACGGCUACAAAAUUGCGCUACAAAGCUGUCUUUUUCCUGUGAUCGAACUCCCACGAGACGCAACGCCAUGUGUUCCGCCGAGCCUGACAAUAUCAAUAAUGGCGAAAGAAACAACGACGAUGUUGGCGAUGCGUUCGGAUCAUUGGGAAUCAGCAGGAACAAUAUAACUUCUAGUAUAGCAUCAUUACAAACAUCACCAACCGAACGUUAUGCUACACAUUAUAAAAUGAAUCAUUCUAAACGUGGUAUAGCUUUAAUCUUUAAUCAAGAAUUUUUCACUACUGCGCAUCUCAAACGUCGCUUUGGUACAAAUGUAGACUGCGAUAAUCUUAUUAAUACAUUAAAGAAUCUCGGAUUUGAAGUAAACGAUGUCCAUAACUCUACUCACGGAGACAUAGUAAAACAGUUAGAAAGAGUUGCAGACAUGGACCAUUCUGAUCAUGACUGUUUGAUAAUAGCCGUGUUAAGCCACGGCGAACUCGGUCGAAUCUUCGCAUAUGACACUUCAUACAAAGCAGAUUGUCUUUGGCAACACUUCACUGCCGAUAGAUGUCCGACUCUCGCUGGAAAACCUAAACUAUUUUUCAUUCAAGCUUGCCAAGGUGACAGAUUGGAUCCAGGCAUUACACUUAAGGAACGGACGGAAACAGACGGAUUACCAUCCGCGACAUAUCGUAUUCCUUCUCAAGCUGACUUCAUGAUUGCCUAUUCAACUAUACCAGGUUACUUUUCCUGGAGAAACACUAGCCGUGGAUCAUGGUUCAUACAAGCUUUAUGCAUGGAAUUACGCGAAAAUGGUACUCGUUAUGAUUUACUGACUUUGUUAACUUUUGUUUCCCAGCGUGUUGCCAUAGACUUUGAGUCGAACACGCCUGAUAACUUAACUAUGCAUCAACAAAAACAAAUUCCAUGUCUCACUUCUAUGCUGACACGUUUAGUAAAAUUUACAUCUCCAAUGAAUGGAGUUGUAUAGUCAGUCAUAUAAGAGGGAAUAUAAAAAAUAUAUGUGCUUAUAUAUGUGCUUUAUAUUUGUGCCAGUGACAAAUUUUUAUAUAUCAGAAUAUUUUUUAAUUUUUUUAUCUUUCUUUAAUUACAUUAUAUUACAUCAUUAAUUACAUUUUUUUUUUUUUUUUUAAAUUUUUUCUCAUUAUUUUUUUUUAAUUAUGUUCCUUUUCCUCUCUAAUAGAUAAAUACAACUACUGCCACGUUCAUAACUAUAUUUUUUUUUUUAUAUUUUUACUUUUUAUUGCUAUAUAAGAGAAAAACAUUAUAUUGUGAUAAAAAUAAC